CAUCAAGCCAGCAUCAAGCCAGCAUCAAGCCAGCAUCGAGCCAGCAUCAAGCCAGCAUCGAGCCAGCCUCGAGACAGCACCCAAGCCAGCAUCAAGCCGGUGUCAAUCCAGCCUCGAACCGGUGUCAACCCAGCCUCAACGAAGUGUCUGGCGAGAUAUGCCACCUCUUCCGAGCAUCCAGUUAGUCGAGCUUGGGAGGCCAUCGGGUCUUCGGCCGGUUCCAUUAUCGGAAGAUCUUGCGGAACAUCGCCCAGCUCGAUUUCCUGCAGACGCGGCCUGUCUGUACGGCCGUGAGGACGCUAGUCGCCUAACAACAGUGCGCCAACGUCAUCCUUAUCGACUUCGGGAGUCAGAUUCUUGCCGACAUCCAUUUGGGGUUCGUCGAUGCGAGCAGCUUGCCUCUCCGAGCCAACGAGUCGAUGCUUCGAAAUGCAUAAGGGUCAGGUCACAGUGCUGUCGGCCGCAGAGUCAAAACAACAGGAUCCAGGGCAGCAGUCAGAGAAUGGUAAUAAUACAGGUGGUUGAAAGGCAGACGGCAGGGAAUGGGAGUCGAGGCCUUCGGGAAAACAAAGUCUCUCCAUCUCAAGCAAGUGCGGACCUGCUUGAGGCAGGAGAGCCCGUCGAGGAACGCUUGCCCUCGCUCAGUACCUACUUCCGCAGGAUAUUUGGCAGUGAGGACGCGGACUGAGCGGAAUGUGGCGGAAGGAAA